AUGAGUCGUGCUGCCGCUACUACUAAUAUAACUAAGCAAACAAAAUCUCAAAAAUCGCAAAAUGAAACAACCGAAGAUGGUGACAAUGAUGACGAAAAAGCAGCCAUAAUUUCCGAAAUAUUCCGUUGUACUGCAGAAGCACUAGAAAAAAUCGGUCGUUUAAUAAUACGGCUUCACCCAACUUCUCACAAUUCUAACGAAAGGGAUCAUCAUGUUUUGAGGCAAGAUUUGACAACGAGUGGGGAACACGGCGUGAAGUCUAUACCAGGAUUUGCCAUUGGGGAAUGUGCUAGUUGGGUAUCGAAAGCAUUAGAUCAACCGCCCAUUAGAAAAGGCUGCAUGUUAUACCACCUAUAUCGGAAAAUUCCGAUUAAACUUAACCUCAGUGCUAAUUAUAUGCAAUUGCGAGCAAGAGGUAGAGAAAGAAAUUAUCUCUAUUAUUCAAAAGCAAUAAAACUGGAAGAUUUCUUGAAAGAUGUUAAAAUCUUCAAGUCAUUAUCCAACGUCCUUCAUAAGUCACUUUCAACCGAUUUAUUCUCUAGUAUGGAAGAAAGAACACCAAAUGAUUUGAGCAAAUCAAUUAUGUUCCUAAUCCCCAAAAAGAAACUUUGUUCGAAUUUAUCUUUAAAAAAUUUUAGCAAAUGGAGUAAAGAGAUUGUGGGCGAUAUGAGGAACGCUAUAAAGAAUUUCAGUAAUAAUAUCGUAGUAAUCGAUGAAGCCGUUAAACGAACGAACGUUGACUGCAUUAAAAGAGAUAUGAAACGACGGCGUCUAGCUUCUCCUGUCCAUGUGCAGAAUAUACCUAUUAAAGAAAUAGAUUGUCCAGCUAUUUCUCGUAAAAGAUUUUUGCCAUCUGAUCAAUCUCCUUUAAUCAAAAAUAGGAGAAGCAUUGUAGCAGAUACUGAAUUCAAAGAUACACCGCAAAAUAUCAGUCAGCAGAUAAGGCAAGACAUUAAUCCGACAGUAGCACCUAUUCCGAUCAAUCAUUCGAAUCAGCAAUAUCACUCAGAUUUAACAGAUUUACAUCAUGAUUGA